AUGGAGCCCCAGUCGCCCGGCUCGCCGGCGUCGCCACCCUCUCCGGGCAAGGUGAUGUCACCAGAGCUGCCUGAGCCUUCUCGAGAAAUGUCAUCGCCGGAGGAGGAGGCCCCUGUCAAUCCCGACAGGAAGUCAUCAUCGUCCUCUUCUUCGUCAUCCUCUUCGUCGCGCGUCCCCUUGGCCGGGUGCGUUUUCCAUGUCGAAGCGGCCGAGAUGAGCACCCCGUUGGUGGUGGAAGCGCAAAACGACGACGGCGAUCAUGCCGAUGCAGGCGCCGGCACUGACGCAAAACUACCCGGCGACUGGGCGUCGUGGCCAGAGCCGUCACCACCCAAGACCGUUGAUGACGACCCGUCGUCGUCCGACGGCGGCACGGUGUCGGUGGCGCCGGAAUCCCAGACGAUGGCGGAGAUGGAGGGUUUCAACCCGGACAGGAUCCCGGCGUCCAUCUUCCAGCCCAAGACGUCGGCGUCGCAGCAGGAGUGGAGCAUCGCGUCGAACGAGUCGCUGUUCAGCAUCCACGGCGCCAGCCAGAGCCAGACGGACGACUUCUACGCCCCCAGCAGGUCCCACUUCGACUACUUCUACGACGAGGCCAUGGCCGCCGGCGCCGAGCCGAACGGGAAGCUACCGCCGCUCGCCGAGGUGUCGGAGCAUGGAGGCGGCACCGUGCCGGGCAGCGCGGUGUCGGACGCCAGCGACGGGAGCGCAGCGGCCAGCAAGGCGGCCAUGGCAUUCCGGCGCCACGAGAGCGGCUCAUUAGGCAGCUCCAGCAAUUUCUCCUUCGCCUUCCCAAUACUCGCUGAGCCGUCGGCGGGGAAGAAGGAGAGCAUGGGCGGCUACCAGCAGCUGCAGAAGGAACACGAGCGGUCGCCGCCGACACCCUCUGAACGCAAGUCGCAGUUCGAGGAGAUGACGACGGAGGAGGAACGGCGGAGGAGGAAGACGAGUUGGUGCUGGUACGAGGAGUGCUGUGGCCGCUGCUGGCUCCUCUGCUCAUGGUCCACCUGCUGCUGCUGCUUUCAAUGGCGGUGGAACUGCUGCUCCUGCUCUUGCUCCUGCCCGAGCUUAUGCCGGUGCAGCUGGUGCCUCUGA